UGCACCGCGAGACACCCGCAAGUUUACGUGUACCGAUCGUCGCUCCAGUUAUCUCUCGACGAGGGCUCGGCGUGCGCGCGCGCGCGCGCUCCGUUCUUCCGCUCGUUUCUUUCUCUCCUGUUUUAUUCUGACUUGAGAAACAGGGUGUCUGGUUCUCUCAUUUUUUUUUUUUUUUCUUUCUUUCUUAUCUGAAGCCACGAAUCGUGCUCAUCGUUCCGCAUAAAUAUGGAUACGAAUCAGGCGCCUCUUUCCCCACCGGCCUCGCCCCAGUUGAAACAUAUGGAACCACUACAGUUAUCGUUCAGCGUCGCGGCUCUAUUAGGGGAGAAGCUUUCGGAUCAGUCGACAAGAUCCAAGCGGAAAGAAGAGGACGCGGGUUCCCAUCCCGUCCUACCGCCUACCCCUCAGCCCUCCGACUCGGAGGAGGAUGAGCCACCCCGAAAACGGCGAUGCGUCGAGCAAUGCGAGCUGGCGAAGCUGUUGCUAGACGGUACGCCGCCGCCAAGCCCAGAGCCAGCCCGGGUUUCGGUAAUAAUGCGUGCCAAUCGAGACGGUACCUGCAGCCCGGCCAAUCUCGCUGGUUGCCCCGCGAUCUGCGGCCGACCGGUACCACGUGAUUUGCCCGCGCGACAGUCAACCAGUCCGCAAGCGAACGUGCGAGCGAACGUAACGGGACCAGUGGAGGACGUGCUGCGCAGUCUGAAGUUCAAGAUGAGCUUGCGCAAAGAGGAAAUCAUUGUGAACAGCAAGAACACCGAUCGCGAAAGCUGCCAACAGCAGCAACAAUUACCGAAAUUGCAACCCUUGGCGCCCAAACCCACCCCCAUUGUGGUAGCGGGCUUGUUGGGCUCACCCUUGGUCUUACCACGAACACCCCUUCUCUUAGUCGCAAGUGCAGCGCCGACUGUGACCACCGCCACGACCACGACGACGAGUACAGGCGUGGCAGAGGCACGACGUCGCGUUUACGAAUGCGAGUACCCGGGUUGUGGCAAGAACUACUUCAAGUCGUCACACCUGAAGGCUCACACGCGUACCCACACCGGCGAACGACCGUUUCCGUGCCCGUAUGAGGAUUGCAACCGUCGUUUUUCACGCAGCGACGAACUGUCGCGGCACAAGCGCACGCAUACCGGCGAGAAGAAGUUCGCCUGUGCCGUCUGCCAGAGACGAUUCAUGAGGAGCGAUCAUCUGGCGAAGCACGUGAAACGCCACGCCAGGGACAAGUCCUCUACGUCGUCUUCCUCGAAUGGUCAGAUCGUCGCCUCCCAGAUGGCCCCGACGCCGCUGAGGGUGAGUUUGCUGCCGGUGUUGGCGCCGCGGCUGACGCGACCCGUUCAACAGCUGGUACCUCCUCAGCUGGCGGCUUGAAGGACGCACUCUCGAUAUAAGCGCUCCGAAAUCGCUUGAGAGUUGUACUUUGUCAAUCACGUGUGUGCCUCAGAAUCGAAUUGGAUUGCUUCUAGCAUUUGAA